GUCAUUAAUGAUGAAAUAAUUAUUUUGAAUUGAACACAUAUUUGAACUAGCUAUUUAUAUUUUGCAAAUUGUCUUAACGUUUAGUAAUCUUUUGAAGUAUUGAACCCAAAUUUUUUUGUCACCAAAUAAUUGAGAAAUUAAGUGAAAAAAUCAAAAGUCAUUAAUAAAUGCUUUAAUAAUACAAACAAACGCUUGAAUUAUCACUAAAAUGCUGAUGGCGUGGACCCCAAGACAGGAGGGUUUGGAUCAAAUACUACAACUUCUUCGCGAAUCCCAAUCACCCGAUACUCAAACACAAAGGACUGUCCAACAGAAAUUAGAAGAAUUGAACAAAUUUCCAGAUUUUAAUAAUUAUUUAAUAUUUGUUUUAACGAAACUUAAAACGGAAGAUGAACCGACGCGUUCGCUGAGUGGUCUCAUACUGAAGAACAACGUGAGGGCACACUUGCAUCAGUUCCCGGCAGAAGUGACCGAAUUUAUAAAAAGCGAAUGUCUGGAGAGCGUUGGCGACCCCUCGCCCCUAAUCCGGGCCACAGUAGGCAUCCUUAUAACGACCAUCGCGUCCAAAGGCGAACUCGUGAAUUGGCCGGAACUGCUGCCCCGAUUGGUCCAAAUGCUGGACUCCAAUGACUACAGCUCUUGUGAGGGAGCCUUUGGUGCGCUCCAGAAGAUAUGCGAGGACUCGUCGGAAGUGUUGGACAGCGAUGUACUCAACAGACCCCUCAAUAUUCUGAUACCAAAGUUUCUCCAGUUCUUCACACAUAACAGCAACAAAAUCAGAUCCCAUGCCAUCGCGUGUGUUAACCAAUUCAUUAUGAGUCGCACUCAGGCUCUUAUGCUGCACAUCGACUCAUUCAUUGAGAAUUUAUUCCAUUUGGCGUCGGAUGAAGACCCAGAGGUCAGGAGAAACGUUUGCAGAGCACUAGUCAUGCUUUUGGAAGUACGGAUGGAUCGACUCAUUCCUCACAUUCACAAUAUAAUAGAGGUCUGUAUUGCUAUUCUCUAUGACAGCGAGUACUCCAUCUCUUCGACCCUUUCCUUAAUCGCUCCUUUGUAUAUGCUGAUGCGAACCCAAGACCAGGACGAGAACGUGGCCUUAGAGUCGUGUGAGUUCUGGCUCUCACUCGCCGAACAGCCCAUCUGUAAAGAAGUCCUUUCGGGACACCUCUCGCGACUGAUUCCCAUUCUUAUGCGUCGAAUGAAGUAUUCAGAGAUCGAUAUAAUACUAUUGAAAGGAGACGUAGAAGAGGACGAAAUGAUUCCCGACAAAGAGGAGGACAUUAAGCCCCGCUUCCAUCGGUCCCGAACUCACGCACAAAGACAUAUGGAGGACAACGACGAGGAAAACAGCGAAGACGAGUCGGACGACGACGGCGACGAUAACUCACUGUCCGAUUGGAAUCUUCGCAAGUGGUGUAUGACUGGAAUGAUUCCUCAUUUGUCAGAAUUGAUUCCAUAUUUGAUUAGUUGUCUCUCUGAGAAGAAAGCAUUGGUCCGAUCAAUCACGUGUUGGACAUUAAGCCGAUACUCUCAUUGGGUUGUCCAACAACAACACGACCGCUUCCUUAAGCCUUUAAUGACUGAGCUUUUAAAGCGAGUAUUGGAUGCGAACAAACGAGUCCAGGAGGCGGCCUGUAGUGCGUUCGCGACCCUCGAGGAGGAGGCGUGUACUGAACUCGUGCCGUACUUAGAAUUUAUUCUUCAAACUCUAGUCUUUGCAUUUAGUAAAUAUCAGCACAAGAAUCUGUUAAUACUUUACGAUGCGAUCGGAACGCUGGCUGACUCUGUUGGACAUCAUCUCAAUAAACAGGAAUACAUUAAUCUAUUAAUGCCUCCACUGAUCCAGAAGUGGAAUUUGCUCAAAGACGACGACAAAGACUUAUUUCCACUUUUAGAAUGCCUCUCGUCUGUGGCCACAGCCCUUCAGUCUGGGUUUCUUCCCUAUUGUGAACCAGUGUUUAGGCGCUGUCUGUCUCUCGUCGAACAAACACUUAACUUAAAUUUGGCUAAUGCCAAACACCCGGAGCAGUUUGAGCCACCAAACAAAGACUUUAUGAUUGUAGCACUGGAUCUGUUGAGCGGUUUGGCUGAGGGUCUUAACGGACAUAUGGAGUCAUUAGUGAUGUCGAGUAAUAUAAUGCAGUUGUUGUACCAAUGCAUGCAGGAUCCGAUGCCUGAAGUGCGCCAGAGUUCGUUUGCUCUAUUGGGAGAUCUGACAAAAGCUUGUUUCCAACACGUGAACCCUUGCAUUGGUGAAUUUUUGCCAAUUCUGGGCCAGAAUCUGAAGCCCGAGUAUAUAUCGGUGUGCAAUAACGCCACGUGGGCUAUAGGAGAGGUAGCCGUCAAACUGAACGCUGAUAUGAAGCCUUACGUAGCGAUGGUGGCCCCUAUGUUACAGCAAUUUAUACGUCCCUGGUGUUCGUCUUUACGUAACAUUCGUGAUAAUGAGGAGAAAGACUCUGCGUUUCGAGGCAUCUGUGGUAUGAUUAGUGUGAAUCCGAGCGGAGUGGUCAACGAGUUUAUCUUCUUUUGUGAUGCGAUCGCCUCCUGGAAUAGUCCCAAAGCAGACCUCAAACAGAUGUUCCACGAGAUUCUUCACGGUUUCAAGAAUCAAGUGGGAGAAGAGAAUUGGCGGCGAUUUUCUGAACAAUUUCCGGCGGUUUUAAAAGAGAGACUUGCAGUCAAUUAUGGCGUUUAAUAGCUAUAAAUAACAAAUGAAUACUAACUCAUCCAUCGCUUAACCGAGCGCUGACCAGACAUUCAAACACUUGUUUUGUUAUUAAAAUGGUUUUCAACUAAUGGCAGCAAUCAAUGGAACACUUAUUUAAAAAUAUAGCGAUAUAUUGAAUAUUAGUCUCUAUUUGUUUAAGUAAUUAAUGAAUGAUAUAAUUGACAAUUAAUUAUACGCUUCUAUACUGUAAAUGACUACUAGUCUAGAAUUGAUUUAAAGAAUUGUCCGACAAUUAGGUCUAAACAAGGUUCGUUUGAAUGCAUGAUUGGAAGUAUUGCAUGAUUUUGCAUGAACUUUAUAACAACUAAAACUAAUUUAAGGCUAAAUAAACUCAUUGUUUGACCAUUUCAUCACUCAUUACUUAAAAGUAAACUAAUUUCAAGUGAAUUCUUGAGACCACUUAUUGUAAUAGUAAUGAGCGCUGGAAUCGGCUCUAAAUUUUGUGAGCAAAUGUAAGCCUAAGUCUGUGUUCGCCCCAUAUUUAUGGCAUAAGAUUUUCAAUUAAUAAGUACUGUUAAAACACUGUUUAUAAGUGCCUUUCACUCCAGCAUUGAUCUCCUUAUAAGUACUUCAUUUGAUUUUAUUAUUUAAUACUAAAAUUCGCUUCAAAUGCAUAAUUCAAUCCAAUUUGAAUCGGUUUUUAUUUCCCACUAUUAUAGCUCAAUAUAAAGACAAAUGAAUUGUUUUUAUUUCAUUGACUGUGAAAACUCUUGUUUCUUAAACCAGAAUUUUUGCUCAUUUUUAAUUAUUUUGCAAAUAUUUUCUUUGUCCGAUGGUUACUACUAUCUCAGUAUUUUUAACUUCUACUCUAUUCUCGACUCAGGACUUUGUUUGUGUCUCAAUGUACAGACAUUGAGUUCAUUGGUUUCUUAAAGCGAUUUGUUGUGAUUCAAAGUAACGUUUUUAUGCUUUUUUUUGUUUGUCACAUAUUUUCACUGAAUAUUCUGUAAAAGCGUUACAUUGAAUGAGUCGGAACUUAUUGUGCCAUUAAAUGUGAUCUAAUUCUGUGAGUCUUUUAGUUUGUAAUCCUUAAGUGGGGCCACAAUAUACUGUAUAUAAUGUAUGACUGACUGACUGUUUAAUAAAUUAUUUAAACAUUAAUGAAUUACUUUCCAUUAAGACAUUAUACCGUACA